AUGACUGAUAAGCUGAAGCAAGACAUGGGGUUACCGGAUUCAACUCAAGACUUAUCGUCAGAGAUGGAAGUUGAUGCAUUCAGAAAGAUCUUCCCUCUUCGUUUCUUCGAGCGUCAUCUCUCUGAAUCUCUCCGGCCUGAUGGUAGACCGCUUGGGAAAGCCAGGGACACCAUUGUAAACCUCGGACUUGUUUCAUCCGCUGAUGGAUCUGCUCUUGCCAAGAUUGGUUCCACUACUAUGCUCGCAGCUAUAAGAAUGGAAGUUAUGACUCCUUCUACAGACGCUCCAGACGAAGGAUGCAUAGCUAUCGAGUUCCACAUGCCUCCUAUAUGCUCUCCAACUGUUCGUCCUGGAAGACCAGCAGACGCUGCUCCUGACAUUUAUUGCCUUGAUGCUGAUGGUGCUCUUUUCGAUGCUGCUCUGCUUUCUGCUGUUGCAGCCUUUUCGAAUCUGCAAAUUCCAGUUGUUGCUCUGAACGACAAUGGAAGAAUAGUUACCAUCACUGGUGAAGAAGGACAAGACAAUGCAUCGAUCACCAAGAAGGAAGCAGUGAACAAGGAGAAGAGAAAACUCACGCUUACGAACAUCCCUUUCUCUUUAACUUGCUUACUCCACAAGAACUACGUAUUAGCAGAUCCAACAGCCGAAGAAGAAUCGAUCAUGGACACUCUCUUGACCGUUGUUUUAGAUUCCUCAGAUCAGAUUGUUUCUUUCUCUAAACCAGGAGGAAGUAUCGCCAAUUCAUCAGCCAUCAAGAGCUGUAUAGAGUUAACAAAGAAGAGAGGAAAGGAGCUUAAGCAGAUAUUGGGAGAGAUGGAUAUCGACUGA